CAGACGUUGAAGCAUAUUUGACAAACAGUCCAUUUUUUUUCUUUUCUUUUAUCUUUAAUCAUUAAACAACCUUCCUUACUCCCGGGCUUUUAGCCAAAGCUAACGCAAUAUCUUGUGCAAAUGCUGUAACACACCUUGGAAAGUCUACAGCCAGUAAACAUCUGCAGGUACGAUGGAUACCCUGCCAGUGGGUUGGACUGUGCAUACCUGGGAUCAGGUGGGAGAUGGGACCAAGCUGCUGAAAGGGGGAUCUGCUAGUACCAGCACAAACCCACAUGUUCAAGAUUUAUUCCAUGAGGAUGCUCGGGGUUUCCACCAGUCAAGCCAGCCCUGGUGGAGGAUCAAGUUAUUUGUGUGGGAGCCGGUGCUUUUUGGAACCUGGGAUGGUGUUUUUACCACCUGCAUGAUCAACAUCUUUGGUGUGGUUCUGUUCCUGCGCACCGGCUACUUGGUGGGGAACACUGGCGUGCUGCUGGGGAUGCUCCUUGUCUCCAUGGUCGUGUUGGUAGCUUUAGUGACAGUGAUAUCGGGGAUUGGAGUGUGUGAGCACUGUGGUGUUGGGAGCGGAGGAGUCUACUCUAUGAUCUCCACCGUCCUGGGGGGCAGGGUGGGGGGCACUGUAGGCCUCCUCUAUGUGUUUGGACAGUGUGUUGCUGGAGCCAUGUACAUCACAGGCUUCUCUGAGUCAGUGGCUGAGGUGCUGGGUCUGCAGAACCAGUGGGCAGUGCAAUGCAUGUCUGCGGCAGUGCUGCUGGCCUUGCUUGGGAUCAACCUGGCAGGUGUGAAGUGGAUUGUCAGACUCCAGCUGCUGCUGCUGGCAGUGCUGGCAGUCUCCACUUUGGACUUUGUCAUUGGCACUUUCACACACCUCGAUCCAGAGCAUGGUUUCAUUGGUUAUUCAGCUGGACUUCUCAGCAGCAACACAAUGCCAGAUUAUAGUCAAGGUGAAAACUUCUUCACCGUGUUUGGGGUCUUUUUCCCUGCUGCCACAGGGGUUAUGGCAGGCUUCAACAUGAGCUCAGACCUGCAGCGGCCUGAAAACAACAUCCCUGUGGGAACGCUGGCAGCUGUCUUCACCUCGUGGUUCCUGUAUCUGGUCUUUGUCUUCCUCCUGGGGGCUAUCUGCACCAGAGAAGCUCUGCGCUAUGACUUCUUGAUAGCAGAAAAGGUCUCCUUGGUGGGUUUCCUCUUUCUGCUGGGCCUCUACAUCUCCUCCCUGGCUUCCUGCAUGGGUGGCCUAUAUGGAGCACCCAGGAUCCUCCAGUGCAUCGCCCAGGAGAGGGUCAUCCCCUCGCUGGCCUUCUUGGGAAGAGGGAAAGGUCCAAAUAGGACUCCAGUAGCAGCCAUCUGUCUGACCAGCUUGCUGACCAUGGCCUUCAUUUUCAUCGGCCAGGUCAACAUCCUGGCGCCCAUCGUCACCAUCAACUUCAUGCUCACCUACAGCUUCAUUGACUACUCCUACUUCAGUGUGGCCAUGACCUUCCAGUUUCAGACAAAACAGAAGAAAAGCAGCAUCUUAGGAAGAAGAAGCCGGCGCAGGUCCAAAAGGCAGAGCUCCACGCCGUUGAUUAAAUCCACUCUUCCCAGCUACGGGAGUGGAGGCGAGAGUCCACGGGGUAAAGGCACUCUGUUGGAGUUUACCAGAGACAUGAACCAGAUCUUUCCCCCUGUCUCAAAACUUGAUUUAGGACCUGAGAAGACUCCUUCUAGACAAGAGCUGAGCUGCAAAUCCCAGAGCAGAAAGACUACGGCUAAGCAGAAACUGAUGGACAGCUUUGGUUUGGACAUGAACAGCAGUGCAUUCCCAGAGGAGACGGGAGGGGAGAAAAGUCCAGCUCCACCAGAGGAGGGAGCUGAAGAGCAGUGUGGAGAUGGAGAGAUCAGGGCUGAAGAACCACCUCAUAUCCAAUGCCAUUCACAUUGUGUUGAACAGGAUUCAUCUGCAGAAGCUCACAAUCAUGAAGCAGGUGCUGGAGCUAAAAUCGAACACCAAAACGUUGAAAUCCAGCCCAUGCAAGAUUCCUGCUAUACAAAGUUAUGUAACCACUGGAUUGCCCUCAUUGGGGCACUGAGUUCCUUAUUGAUCAUGUUUGUUAUUCAGUGGGUUUAUGCUUUGGCAAACAUACUAGUCGCCCUGGUGCUUUUCUUCUACAUUGGAAAAACGAGUCCCGGACUACCUAUAGGUAUUGCAGCUCAGUUCAGCUUUUUCAAGUGGCUGAAGUCAACACUUAGUAGAAUUUGCAGGACAAAAGGAUCCCCCCGGGAUGAGAUUGUAGUGACCCCUUCCUUGUCUGGGAUCGGGCUCAAAACCAAGCAGCUGACAGAGGAAAAUGCAGACUUUGCCUCCCGUCACCGUUUUCACCAGUCCUCUUUCAUCCAGACCGAUAAGAUGGUGCAACCACCAAACCACUGACCAACCUCAAACUGUGUCUCCUGUUGUUCUGUCGCUGCACUUUCUAUUUAAGACUUUCAGUAGCUCAGGUAAUUUUCCAGCGGUGAUCCAGCAGCCUGAGCUUUUCUUAGAGUUGCACAAAGGACACAUACUUGUGUGAGAGAUACAUAGAAAUAUUUGGGGAUGGGAGGUUACAGUGGUAUCUAGUAUUUUUUUGUCUAAUAUAUUUUCACAGAAAUGUCUAUGCUGUUUUAAAUCGUUUUUGGUUGUCAGAUUUCUCCACAAUACUAAUUGUGUUGCACAUGUUCAUGUGACACAGAGGUUUGAUUAAAAUGUAUGUACACACAUAUACGAUAAACGAUUUUUUGUUGUAAGUUUUUUUUUCUUUUGUGGUAUUUAAUAGAUGGGUCAAAACUUUAGGGGGUUAGAAAUUCCUUAACAAAUGUAUCAGAGUUGAUUCUCAGAUCAGAUUAUGUAAAAAUCCCAUUACAACCAAAACACUGAAAUUUUCUCAGAUUAUUCUAGCAGCCUUUCUUUCUCAUACUGACAUAGAUCCAGCACCUGAUAGGCAUGUUAGAUUUUUGAGGUGGUGUUUGAUAUAAAGGCUGUAUUUAUGCAAUGCAUUGUUCUGGUGAAUUGUUUUCUGCAGGGUUCAGAAAGUCAUGUUCCAGCAACAUAGAAGCAAAGCUGUGAAAACCA